AUGAGAAGAUUCUUAUCUCAUGUAGUUUUUGAAUUAUAUGUUUAUAGGAAAAUUGGCGAACAUGUAAUAGGUGAUGGAAAACUCUGUAUCUUUGAACAUUAUUAUUAUGUUCUUAACAGAUACAGAUACAUAAUGUAUCUUUUACAUUGUCUCUCUAUUACCAUAACUUUCUUGCUUCAGGUGGAUAUGCAAUUGGAUCAACUGGAUGAGUAUCUGAAUGAAUCAAUAGAAUGGGGUUGCAACAGGAUAUCGACUGGAUAUCUUUUAUCUGGCCUUUAUCGUAGUGAUUCGGUUACUGAUUAAUUAGUUUUAGUAUGUAUCUAUGUUGUGUAUUUUUUCUUUUUUUUUAAAUUCUUCUUUAAUAAAGCCAUAUUAAUUAUUGUCAUUAUUGUUAAGGUCAUCAUCAUCAUAUAUACAGUAUUAUCAUCAUACUGUAGAAUACAGAAAGAUUCAUAUAGAGAACAAAGGUAAUGAAUGAAGUAGUUGACUGGAUCUACCUUAUGAAAAUAAACCAACUGAAAUAAAAAUUAUAUUGAU